UGGUUUCGUCUACCCUGGGCCUGUAUGUCCAGAAUUAUUAUUCCUAAUUUCUAAUUCGGAUUGCCGUAUUUCUGAUCUCAAUCACGCAUUCUCUAGGUUUUUCUCUGCUCUUUCUAUUUUUUGUCUGCGCCUCAUCUCAAUUUUGACUUCACUUCAGUCAUACGAGUUUCCAUGACCUCGCAUUCCCCUUUUCAAGAUUUGGUGCAGAAAUUAAAUGUUUUGAGCCUCCAGUGAUCCUUUUGAUAGGGGACGACGUAGAGAUACAUUAAGUUUUAGGACAUGGGGUGUCUGGUGUCUACCCCAAAGGAGUCUGGUGUAAAUCGAAGGCGGCCUGGAAACAUCGGAGAAGUUUCUGUCUAUGUACCUGGUUUUCGGAUUCCUAAACCAGUUGAUUUCUUCCUGUCACUGGGUGACCACUUGUCUAAGAGUAUAUUGGAACGACUCUCUGCUCUUAGAACACAUAUAGUCGUAAUGGCGGGCCAAGAAGCACCAACUGUUACCAGAACAAGGAGAAGAACAGCAACACAGCAUGGAGGUUCGACACUCUCUGAUCUUCAUCAGGCUCUCGAAGAUUACUUGCCAGUCCUGUUGGGAUUAGUUAAAGAUGGAAGCCAACUACAAUACAGGGUACAAUUUGUUUGGGUAAAUCAGGAGGAUGAUGCAGAGGAAACAUCCAUGCCUAAUGCAUGGUAUGAGGUAUUGUCUGUUCUGCAUUUGAUGGCAAUGCUCUCACUAUCACAGGCAAACUUAUUGCUUCUUCCAAGAUCAUCUGCUGAUGGUUAUCAGCCAAAAGUGUCAGAAGAGAACAGGCGUGCUUGCAUUGAUAUUCUCUUAAGGGCCGCAGGAUACCUGGAUUGUGCUGUUCGACAGGUCCUUCCACAACUACCUACUGAAGUCAGGAGAAGCUUACCAAUAGACUUAGCAGAGGGAGUUCUCCGAGCACUUUGCUUGCAAGCAUUAGGCGAGGGUGUUGAUAUUCAACUUGGAAUGGCAAUUGAUAGUGCCAAGGCUACUCUAGCUGUGAAGCGCAGACUUGCAUGUGAGAUGGUAAAAUACUGGCAGCAGGCUCAAGAUAACAUUAUGAAUCUUCGGUUAGCUAAUGGUUGGGGAGAAAAGCAUAGGCUCUUCAUAAAGUGGAAAUUUGUAGAAGCGAAGGCUACAGCAUAUUAUUACCACGGCCUGAUCCUUGAUGAGGGGAACACAGAGAAGUCUCAUGGAAUGGCCGUAGCUGCCCUGCAAGCAGCAGAUGAGUAUUUUAAAGAAAGUAAGAGGGCAAGUGAGGCAUUUAAUGCAGCUGCACCACUUUCUAGAAAUCCACCUCUUUGGGGUACCAUGAAGUAUCUUUCUGAGAAAAUUCCAAAGGAUACUUCGAGCAAGGUGCGAAUAAACCGUGAUUUAUAUUCUUAUGAAAGAAUAAUGGAGACAGCACCGACUUUGCCAGACUUUGCAUUGGCUCUGAAACCAGAUGAAUACCAACUUCCUUCUGUGCAUUCCUGUUGGUAUGAGGAGAACUUGAGCAGGGGGCAAACUGGCACCAACCAAGUUGCAGGUGACAGGAGAUAAAGGCAACAUGUGUAUCAUUUUUACAGUUGGAUGGCCAAUCACAAUAUGGAACGGCCAGCUGAUACCAAGUGAGUUUCUUCAGCUGUGUGCACCAAAGGUCAAGUUUAGCUGUUUCUAUUAGUUUCCAUUUCCUUUGUAUUUGAUUCUCCCCUCCCCCCUCUACUUGAUGAGAUUUGCAAAUUGCAAGACAAGCCAUAGAUACUCAUACAAGUCUCUGUUUCUUGUAAAACAUGUAUAAAUUUCUGUAUGCCCUUUUGUGGUUCGAAAUUAAAGUAGUUUGAGAUUGAUGCCGUUUGAAUAGAGAACUUUGUUCUUUCGUGUGCACUUUAUCA